GUGAACAGGGGAAUGACCUCAGUUGUGAAGAUUUGAUAUUAACCUCCUCUCAACCAGAAGCGUGGACCUAUUCUGUAUCAUGUGCGUAGUUACUUGCUCGGUACUACACAAGGUUGUACCAGCUGCUCGCCAGCAUGAAGAAAUGCCCCCGACUUGAUUUCAACUUAAAGAUAACAGAUAUGCUAGCAUGAAAAGCAUCAACUCAUUUCCUCGCGAUUCUAUCGGAUGACAAAAGCAGAGAAGCCAGACGGAUUAUGUUGAUUCGUUCUUGCUAAUGUUGCUCGCGUCACGUCGACCUGUGCUGCCUGCACUGCUCCCUCUCCAAAGCGUUGCAGCGACACAACACACGAACGAUGGACGACGUGACGAGUUAUCAGCGGCAGCUAGCGCCCAGGGUGCUCGAGGCGGCUCUGGCGCGGGGGGAGUACGAAGAGGUCGGGACAAAUUGGAAAAUUCACAAGAAGAUCAGCUCCAAUAAGGAGCUGAACCGGUGGGAGAAGGAGGAGGUACUUGCGUACGUCCGCAGAGUUUACUUGGCCAACGCUGGCGCCCUGUCGUUGCUGCUGCUGCAGCGCGAGGUGGUUGCGGAGCAGUUAGAUGCGCGCACGCAACUCUGCGUCGCCCGCAACCAGUCGCGGGACUACGAAAGCGACGCCUACGAAACGUGUUGGGACGAUGCGUACGACAAGCCGCCGCGGCCGCGGCGCGCGCCGGCGUGCUUGGAGCGGGAAGAUGCGCGUCUGGAGACCGCGCUUUCCGAAAGGGCGAAGAUUUUUCAAGCGGUUUACCCCGAGGUGGCAGACGAAGUCGCGAGUUUCAAGCGACAGUACCUGGGACUUGUGGACAAGGACGGUGGAGAUCCCGCCUUCACACAAACCAAGUCCGUGAUGCUGGGAGCAGCAGCCGCGAAUAAAACCAGUGCUACGAACAUUUUCGCGGGGGCGGGCCGAAAUGCGGUGAAGGGUAUGCAGGAGCGCAACCUCGACGCCAUCGAGGACCGGGCCCAGAAAGCCAGCAUCCGCGACAUGGCGCGGCGGAAGGUGAACCGCGACCGUGUUUUUGUGAGCUUCCGGGGUGCGGCCGGCCCGCUGGAGGCCGAGCCGGAGUACGGCCUCGCGACGGCCCACGCGGGCAAGGACAAGGAGGUCACGGAGGUGAGCAAAGUGAUCACGAAAUCCGCGCUGUUGCCGAAGUUUUGCGCCAACGUCGACGCCUGCGUCGGCGACGUGACGGCGGUAGCCAAGUGCCUCCAGGGUUUGCAUUACUGUCUGCACGGGACCACGCCGAAUUUGCGAGGUGAUCAGCGGAAGAAAGCGGCGCUGCGAACGCGGCUGCCCGAUCUCGAGCUGGCGGACUGGUGGCAUCUGGUGGACGGGCGCGACCCACUGCCGCUGCACUUGUACUGCGUUUGCCUGCUCCUUUACCACAACAAGGACCUCGCGGAGCUGACCUUCGAGGUGGGCAACUUGCACUCGCGCGAAGAAGCCCUGUACGUCCGCAACCUGAUCGACAGUGCGUUGGCGCUACUGCCGACCGGGACAAGCGGAACUGGGAAUAGAGCCUCUGCUGCAAACAAGCCGCAAGUUGGGGGCCUUGGCAAGCUGCGCGGGCUGGCGUCAAAGGCGGUGGCGGUGAAGAAAGCUGUUCCGAAAGUCAAGUUGGCUGUCACCUGCGAGCACCCGCGAUUUUUGCUGGACGCGGUGCCGGCCGUCGCAGACCUGCUCGGACGCGGAAACAACACAACCACAGCCGACAGCGACGUGGUGGUCAGCGUCGGGCUGGGUUC